GUUCUGAUAUUCGGCUGGUUUUUGGGCUGGUUUUAUUGGCCAUUGGGCUGGUUUUGUCACAGACCUGGCAACCCUGCACGGGAGGCCUGUGAACGCAACUGCGGAAGUCGAGCUGGGGGCGGUAAUGCACCUGACAGUUGUUUGCCGCCAAAAGAAGAAGAAGAAGAAGACGACACUCCCGUGAUGCAUUGCGGCUCCGUUGCCAGGAUACAGCUCGGUGGUUGGUCUGUAUGCGUCCUCCCGCGGUGAUGUCCUCCGGACAACUGCUUUCUGAUGCUCGUCGAUAACCGGAGCAAGAACCGACAGCGCGUUAACCGAGAGAGAAACGUCCCUCCGGUACCCCGGGAGCUAACCAGGAGCUAACCGGGAGAGACACGUCCCUCCGGUACCCCGGGAGCUAACCAGGAGCUAACCGAGAGAGACACGUCCCUCCGGUACCCCGGGAGCUAACCAGGAGCUAACCGAGAGAGACACGUCCCUCCGGUACCCCGGGAGCUAACCGGGAGAGACACGUCCCUCCGGUACCCCGGGAGCUAACCGGGAGAGACACGUCCCUCCGGUACCCCGGGAGCUAACCAGGAGCUAACCGGGAGAGACACGUCCCUCCGGUACCCCGGGAGCUCACCGGGAGAGACACGUCCCUCCGGUACCCCGGGAGCUCACCGGGAGAGACACGUCCCUCCGGUACCCCGGGAGCUCACCGGGAGAGACACGUCCCUCCGGUACCCCGGGAGCUCACCGGGAGAGACACGUCCCUCCGGUACCCCGGGAGCUCACCGGGAGGUCCCAUGGAGCGAGACGCUGAGAUGCUGAAGAACCAGCCGUACGACGAGAGCCUGGAGGUGCUGGACCCGGAGGAGGUGCACAGCCCGCAGUCGGACUCCAGGAGGAGCCGGAGGGGGCGUGGCCUAUUAUCCACCAACAGCGACGAUUUAGACGAGGACCACGCUCCUCAGCCAACGAGCGAGGAGGAGGAGGAGGAGGAGGAGGUCUCUGAUGAAGACGAUUCUGAUGAAGACGAGGAGCCCGGCGAGGCUCCGGAGGGGGCGUACGACCCGGCGGACUACGCCCACCUGCCCGUCAGCACCGAGAUCAGGGAGCUGUUCCAGUACAUCACGCGCUACAGCCCCCAGGCCCUGGAGCUGGACCACAGCCUGAAGCCCUUCAUCCCGGACUUCAUCCCGGCUGUGGGCGACAUCGACGCCUUCCUCAAGGUGCCGAGGCCGGACGGUAAGGCGGACGGCCUGGGCCUGCUGCUGCUGGACGAGCCCAGCGUGAAGCAGUCCGACCCCACGGUGAUGAGCCUGUGGCUGUCUGAGGAGAGCAAGCAGCAGGGGGCGGCCCAGCUGAAGAAGGUGACCAGCGUCCCCAGCCCCCGCAGUCACCCCCGGGUGCUGGACAGCUGGGUGGACAGCAUCGGCGCCCUGCACCGCUCCAAACCGCCCACCAGCGUCCAGUUCGGCCGCUCGAUGCCGGACAUCGACGCCCUGAUGCAGGAGUGGCCCCCGGAGCUGGAGCGGCUGAUCGGGCGCCUGCGGCUGCCGUCGGCCCGGCUGCAGUGCGGCGCCGCGCAGUACGCCGACGCCGUGUGCGCCCUGCUGGACAUCCCGGUGUACGGCAGCCGCAUCCAGUCCCUGUACCUGCUGUUCAGCCUCUACCUGGAGUUCAGGGACUGGCUGCCCCUCACCCAGAGGCACUAGGGCUGCUAUCGAUGCAUACUAUCUAUAGAUUCAUCAAUUAAGUCUCAUAUAAAUACUGUAAUAAACACUUUGAUUAAAACAA